GAAGGAUUGGGGUUUAUCUUGUGGGGUCCACAGACGAACGCCCAUCCUUCUCAUCAACGGUGGAGAAUGCAACUGUGAUCUAUGAUCUCCGCUGGGUCACAGCCAACCGCGACCACACUGUUAGGCUUAUUUUCUACGCGACCUCCCCACCUAUAUUGCCCUGUUGUCUGAAGGCUCAGAACUUCAUCGAUAAGCUACUCUGCUCCCUUCUUCGCUCUUCACAGAACCCGUUUCACAAAACAGAGGAGCACAGCUCUCAGCGAAAUCAAGCAAACAUGUCGUGGCAAGCAUACGUAGAUGAGCACCUCUUGUGCGACAUGGAAGGCAAUCAUCUCUCUGCCGCCGCUAUCAUCGGCCAUGACGGCACUGUUUGGGCCCAGAGCGCUACCUUCCCUCCGUUAAAGACUGAAGAAAUAACGGGGGUUAUGACUGAUUUUUCUGAACCGGGACAUCUUGCACCAACUGGCUUAUACCUUGGCAAUACAAAGUACAUGGUAAUCCAAGGUGAACCAGGGGCGGUCAUACGAGGAAAGAAGGGUUCUGGGGGUGUUACCAUCAAGAAAACUAAUCAGGCUUUGAUCAUUGGCAUAUAUGAGGAGCCUCUCACUCCUGGUCAGUGCAACAUGAUUGUUGAAAGGCUUGGUGACUAUCUCAUUGACCAGGGUCUCUAGUUGGUUUGGUAUGUCUGCCUUUUUCAUUGUCUGGUUGGAAAUUCUUCUUACUUUUAUGGGAGCUUGCACCUACCUACCUACAUGGAGUUGGAAUUGUUGCAGUAUAAUUGUAUUUGCAUAGUUUGAAGUCAUGGACAACUCCGCUUGAGAAUGAAGUUGUUUGCUAUGUGGAAACUGAAGACAUAUGGUUGCUUCCUUGUAUGAAAUAUAUGCCUUUGUAUCUUGGCAGAAAGGGAUUGUGUUGAUCUUAGUAAAAGACAUUUAUCUAUAAUGGAGUGACAUUGGUACUUUUUUGAAUGA